CCAAAUUCUCUCUCACAUAAAUCACAAAACGCACGUAUUCCUUUAGCUCUGCUCCUUCUUACUCCAAAGUACCUUUCUCUCUUCGUGCUCGUCAACCAUCGCCGUACAAUUUUUUCGCAGCUUCAACACAACCUGAUUCAGCAAUUCCAGCACUCACUCCGUUCACGCGUUUUGCUCAUAAAAUUUGGCGCGAAUCUUGAAAUUCCAAAACCGGAACGAAAGUUUGCGGAGUAGAAAUGGACGGUACGUUUGACGAUGAAGCUGAGCCAGCCGUCACAAUCGGUGAGUACCUCGACGAAGUUGAGGAACGGGAGCUGGAAGCUGAUUUAGUUCUAGGGGGUGAUGAGGGCAAGGAGUGUACCUUUAACAAAGGAUAUAUGAAAAGGCAGGCCAUUUUCUCCUGCCUUACCUGCACUCCGGAUGGGAAUGGUGGAGUUUGCACAGCUUGUUCAUUGUCAUGCCAUGAUGGUCAUCAGAUUGUGGAGCUAUGGACAAAAAGAAACUUUAGGUGUGAUUGUGGGAAUUCAAAAUUUGGUGAAUUCUACUGCAAGAUUUUCCCUAAUAAAGAUGUAGAGAAUGCUGGGAAUUCAUACAAUCAUAACUUUAAAGGUUCAUAUUGCACGUGUGGUCGUCCUUAUCCAGAUCCAGACGCUGAAGAACAAGUAGAGAUGAUACAGUGCUGUCUGUGUGAGGACUGGUUUCAUGAGGAGCAUCUUGGUCUUGAGUCUUCUACCGAGAUUCCCAAAGACGAGGAAGGUGAGCCAAUGUAUGAUGAGUUCAUAUGUAAGGCAUGCUCCGAAGUAUGUUUCUUUCUAAAACUAUAUCCUGAAGAUAUAUGGGCAGCUGGAAAGCAGACAGAUCCUACUAUCCAAAAGGAAAAAGCUGUUUUGGAAGACAUGCCUUCAACUCGCCGACCUGAAAAGCCAAUUUGCGAUUCUUCAUAUGAUUCUCCUAAAAUUGAUGAAGUACAAGCUACUGUUGAUUCUGAAUCUACAUCUUUGGGGAAGAGUCUGUCUCAGGGAGAAAAUACCAGUGACAGUAUUGUUCCAAAUCAAUGCCCCAAAAGCACUGAUUUACCUGAUAAUUGUCUCCUUGGUGUUAACAUUGUUGAUGCUUCCCCAGUUUUAUCUAAUAAACCAAUGUUCCUUUCAAAAAAUUGGAGAGCUGCUCUAUGCAAAUGCAAUAAUUGUUUGGAGUUUUACAAUCAGAAGCACAUAGCUUUUCUUCUCGACAAGGAAGACUCAAUUGCGGAAUAUGAGCAAAUGGCCAAGCAAAAGAGAGAAGAAAAAUUGCAGCAGCAAGAAGGUGCCGAGUUAAGCUUUUUUAACAAACUGGGACAUGUAGAGAAAGUUGAGAUCUUGAAGGGUAUUGAAGAGAUGAAGGACGGGCUUCGUGCUUUCCUGGAAUCUGCUGACUCGUCAAAGCCUAUUACCGCCGCUGAUGUCCACCAGUUUUUUGAUGAGAUUAAGAAUAAGCGUCGUCGUGUACACAACCUCACCCCACUCUUCAGCUUCACUGUCGAUGACUCCUCCACCUUGUCAUAUUGUCAGAUGAAGUUGUUUUGACAACUCGAAGAUUCUUGCGUUGACAAGGCCUCGCUUUGAUGCUCUCGGAUUUAAGCCAUUCAAUCUGAGGAUAAGGAUUUUGUCGUAAAAGAAGUCGGUGGAGAACGUAGCAGAGGCGUGAUGACGGUGGAGACACUUCAACCUUUGCAAGGCGCCGGUCGUGGAGCUGUGUGAGGUAGAUGGACUAGAACUUGUUGAUUUUUUUCAUGGGGUCGAUGUUGUGGGUGGUGGCAGUGAGGUCGUCGUUGGUGAAGAUGGUGGAGGAGGUUAGCGGAGCAGUGGCGGUGGAGGAAAAUCAUAGUGAGACUUGUUUUGUGUUGGAGGAAGCCUUUGUAUGACGGAGGAGGAGAGGAUUGCAGUGGUGGUGUUAUAUUUCUGGCGUCCUCGGUACAAAAAAAACUACAAAAAUAUUUUUUAAAUUUAUAGCUUUUUUUUACAAGGAUCCAAAAUACAAUUUACUUAAAAAUAUCAAAUUAUUAAGGGAAUACACCAAGAGUAAUCCCUAAGCGAGUCCUGUCAUGAAAAAAAAUUGUUAUUAACUCUUUCAUAGACAGUUACGAAUUCUGGAUGCAUAAGCUUUUUAUGUGAACAUGGCAUUGAAGAUCGAUUUGACAUGGUUUUACUGAGAAACCAAUCCAAUUAUAAGUUGAUUCUGUGGGA